AUGUCCGUCAUAGCCCGUUUAUCAGCUCGACAUUUCAACACUGCUUUCAGGUGUAUUGCUGCUAUGAAUUCCAUGACUGUACGAAAUCAGGGAACAGCUGCGACUCCAGCAACAUCAGCCGCAACUUCGGGAGCGGACAUGGUAUUUUAUAACCAAUCAAAAAAUGUAAAACAAAUUGAUGUUCCAUCAAUGAGUGGAAAUAUGGGAAUUUUAGGUGCGUAUUAUUUAGCUUUUUUACUAUUUAAAUUCUCGAAAAAUUGGACUUAUUUUAUUUUACCUAUGUUUUUAGCUCACCACGUUCCAAUCUUGGGAGUACUAAAGCCAGGAGUGGUUGCUGUUAUUGAAAAUGAUGGAACUACAAAACGAUACUUUGUCAGUAGUGGAUCAAUAGCUGUACAUCAAGAUUCCAGCGUUCAAUUAUUAGCUGAAGAAGCCAUAAUUGUAGAGAAUUUGGAUACAAAAGCCGCACAAGAUACUUUAUCUGAUGCUCAACGAAAACUACAAUCUGCCAAAGAUGAGCGAGAGAAAGCCGAAGCUCAGAUAGAAAUCGAAUGUGCUGAAGCUGCUAUAAAAGCCUCACAAGGAGUAUGGCAGUAG